GCAGUCGCAUAAGGAAAUCCCGAUAGUAAACAAAAAGUGCGCUGGAUUAUAUUGCAUGUUUCGAUAUCUAGCAAGUUUUACUCAUUCACAAAACAACCUACACACGAAUCAGUCCGAUUCAUUGCAACGGAGGACAUCCGGGUGGCUGCAGUUUUGAUAAACGAAAAGUGUAAACUUACUGUUGGUUGGUUUGUGCUGGUUCCUGAAAGAAAUGCUGAAUUUUUUGUCAUCUAAGUCUCCCAGUGCUGGUUCACUGGUUGGGUACAAAAUUACCAACAUAGAGCGAAGCAAAAAGUAUGGCGUGGCCGCCAAUUCACUUCGGAUGCUAAAAACGAAAGCCUCCGAAAAAUUCAAGUUGCAACACUGUCGCGUCUACUUAGCCCAGGACGGCGUCGAGGUACUGGAUGAGGAAUAUUUUAGUACACUUCCGGCGCAGGUCCUGUUUGUAGUGGCAGAGAGAGACACUGUGGUGAAGACUGAUUUCGAGCUCAUGUAUGAUGCAAUCAAGUCCACCCACAGUGAACUGCUGCAGGCUGGAACCAUGGCAAAGGAGUUCGUGAGCAAUAAUCAGAGUGAAAUUGCAAGGAUGCUUCAGGAUGCUCAGCGGUUACAUGACGAACAGACGGCUAAGAGUUUACGAAGCGAGCAUGGAGACUGGUUUGAAGGAAUCGAUGAAAAAUUAGGCCGAACGAAAGAGGAGAUAAUGCAGCGACGUGGCCAGGAUCGUAUUCGAGGGUACUUCUACAAAACCAAGGAUGAGCUGACGAAAUGCGCUAUCUAUCGUAAGAAUGCGAUGGCAAAAGAAUUGAUUGAUGAAAUGUUGGAAUUGUUUCGACAAUUGUUAAUCGGUUUCGAUUAUUUUAGCUUCAUAUUUGACCGGAGUCACCCUCAGCGGCUUCCGGACACAAAUGUUCCAAACUUAGUUUUGCAUAAUGAAGAGAUAACGCAUGAACAGGAGGAUGAGGUUGAUGCUCAACGGAUCAUGCCAAAGCGUAUGAAGCUGGCCAUCAAAAAAUCCCUGGAGGAUGAUGGCAAUGCAAUCGGAAAAUACCGAGUAGCGCUUUGCAAUAGUAUUGGAGAGUUCCGCUGCAUGGGGUUGUGGAACGAAAAACAUUGCAGGUAUGGGGCACAUGUUAUCAACCCGUAUGCCAGCAGGGAGAACAUGAUUUUGUUUCAAGUCUGGAACUUGGAUCAUCAGGUCGAAAUAAGUCGUACCGUACUGCCAUCUAUAGUGGAGAAUGUGGUGCGCGUGAUUGCAAAUGAAGCAGAUGGUAUCUGUGAGAUACACAAACGAAGAGGUAAAAAUCUUUCUGUGAUAACUUAUUUUAUCGAGUUGUUUACACUCGGGAACCUGAAAUUGGUUCACAUUGUUUGCCAUGACAAAAGUAUUCAUGACAUGAUCUCUAAAGGACGUAUUAUCUGCGACAAGUGCGCAGAGUUUAAGUAUAUUACGGAAUUUCAAAGCAAAAUACGCUUCAAUAAAGAUGCUUCAAUGUAGUA